UCUGAACAUUAACGCCGACGACGCGAAAAUAAUCGUUUAUAAGUAGAAAAUACUGGAUGUUGGUUUUGAUUUUUUCCAUCACUCUACUAGAAACCAAGUCAUAAAAUCACUAGAGACCAACACUGGCGUAAAAUCAAAGAAAUGUUCUCGGUAACAUACUUAGCAAUCGUACAGCCGAUUAAUAAAUACUUAAUGCUGCUAUGGACUAAUAGGUCGCAGAUGAAGGAACCAAAAUUCUGAGAAAGCAUCGUACUUCAAGAGGUGACAGAUUGAAUCUCGGGUCCUCCUGAGAAUUGUCUAAUUAAUAUUUGACGAGACGUUUUCAUGAAAAUUACUUCUAUAUGCAUUUGUUGAUUUAGAACCAGCUCUCAGGAACAUCAACACGCAAUUCUUAAAAUAUGAUAUACUAAAAGCUAGACUUGUUAAUCCUCGUAUAAUUGUGUUCUGGAUGCACUGCAGCAGAGAACGUUAAAUAUAUAUAUAUAUAUAUAUUAUACGUUCUCUGCAUUGUGGAAUUGAAAUAUAUUUGCAACGGCCACAUUUGCUAACGCUAAUUCAGUUUAGAACCGUGAGAUGUGAGAGUGGGAUACCCGAAGGAUUGCCAACUUUGAGAGAAUAUAUAUUUCCGAAGAAUAUUUAUGAAAAGAUAUCGGAGAAAAUGAGGUUACGGAUGGUUAUUUUGUGGAAUAAAUACAUACUGAUGGCAACUGAAAUUUCAGUAGCGUCGACCAAAAGCUUCUUUCUUCGCUUAAAAAUCCCAUCCUUACAAACCGGAAAGACAAAAUCGGUAUUUCCUCUGGAAAUAAUAGGAUCGCAAAACCCAUUAAUCUAGUUUCAAAAGGAUGACCACUCCGUUCCCCAGAAGAACAGUCAGCAGUUGAUGGAGCGAUAUUGAAAAAAACCGUUACCAUGGAAGUUGGGCAUAAAUAUGUCGCCGCAAAGCGAUCUAAAUGUAUAACUUGAAAUAAUUUUCAUUCCAAGAUAAGCUUUUCCGUAAAAUCCCAUAUUUAAGUAAUCCAUUACUCUUGCAUUUUUUUCUAAAAGUGGAGUUGGCAACUCUACACGGGAAAUACCGAAAGCAAUGACAACAAAAAUACUCCCAAUGGCCAACGAAUUCGGCUAAUGUGACUGAGCGACCAUCCAAACACUUUCGGCCGAGUCAGUUGCUAUCAUAACGGCGGAUAACGCGCAACAAAACGGAGAAGCUCGAGCUCACAUUGUCUGCAACACACACAUAUAUAUAUAAUACAUAAGUGGCAACAACAAUAGCAAGAAACAUUUUAAUUAGAAGUUUUUUGGUGAAUAUCUGUGUAGAAGAAAAAAAGAUUUCGAAAGUGAAAUAUGUGCAAAAAAUUUAAAUUUCAAUAAAAAAUCAAAAGCAAGCAAAGCAAUGCAAUAAAGUGUGCGUGUGUAGGCAUUUAAGAUACAUACAUAUAGAAAAGUAGAAUGAAAAAAGUGCGUGCAAAGUAGAAAAGAAUCGAUGAAUUGAUUGCGUGCCGCAGAGGAGGCAGCGGGUGAGGCGGAGAAAGUCAGCUGGAGUUGGAAAAAGUGAAGUGUUUCGCAAAACUAGCAAAUAGUGUAGCAAGAAAUUAACAAAACGGUGGUUAAAAUGCAAAGUGAAAUGUGUUAAAAAUCUAUAAAAGAAAAAUUCACAACAACAACAGCAAACUGCAUGCGAAAGGAAAGUGAAAAUUUAUGUUGCAAAACCCGUAUAUGUUGUUGUAAGGAGCGACGCCAGCAGCGCAGUUGGCAUAGAUUUUCGACUUCCUUUUGACUUUAUUGCCUACUUACAGGCGUGGUGUUGUUGUUAAAUUUCGAUUUUGCGCGACAAUUACACUUAUAAAUUACUCAGUCUAUUGUGGAUUGUUGACAUUAUUUUUAGAUUACUUUAUUCUAUAGUACAACAAAUAAAUAAAUAAACUCACACACCCACUCUCUUAUUAUCUAAUCAUUGCAUAUAAAUAAUUAAGAAAAAAAUAAUAAUGGUAAUGAUUACUUGAUUAAUUGAUUGAGGAUAAAUAACUCAUUACAUAAAUUUGCCGCCGUGCAAUUACUAGCUAUAAAAUGGCGAAAUAUUAGAAAGACGACUGUAAGAGAUAUAUUUGGCAGAACGAGGUCGAAUUGCUGUCUGGCCCUUGGUCUGGUUGAUCUAUGAAAACCAAGUAAUUUUUCAUUGCAUACCGUUGGUAAAAGUUCAAACAACUCAAUAAGAAUCCAACUGCAAACUUAUCAUAACUAAAAGAUAAAGUCUCUAGAAUGGGUCGUUGGCGACGGACAACGACGACGCCACCCACUACUUACAACAAAUGGAUGCUGACGUUGACAGUUAUGCUGAUUUGUGUGAAAAGUGCAAUGGCGGACAAUUGUUUUCCAUCGGCAUUUGGAGUUCUCAUUUUCAUUUGGAUUCCACAAGUGUCAGCUGAAUGUCAAACGCGUUCGAUAUACUGUUAUGAGUGUGAUUCGUGGACGGAUGCACGCUGCAAGGAUCCCUUCAACUAUACGGCGCUGCCGCGUGAUCAACCACCGCUGAUGACCUGCAACGGCUGUUGUGUGAAGAUGGUGCGGCAUUCGAAAUCACCGUACGAAGUUGUGCGACGUAUGUGUACGUCACAAUUGCAAAUAAAUUUAUUUAUGGUCGAUCAUGUGUGCAUGAUGGAAAGUUCAGGCAAUGGACAUAUGUGCUUUUGUGAGGAAGAUAUGUGCAAUUCUAGUAAAAAUUUAUUGCAAAAUGGUUCAUCAUACCAUUACAUCAUGAUCUCAGCGCUCUCAUUCAUUAUAUAUUUACUCAAUCAAAUACAAAUUCGUGCGCAAUUGCAAUUUUUCGCUCGACUAUUGCAAAUGCAUAAACAGAAACCAAAACAGAAACAGAAACAUAAACCAGUAGAAAAUUAUGAAAAACAAAAACUAUCACAACAUAACCCAACCAAUCGAAUGCAACCUCAAUUGCAAUAUCAACUACAAAAACAAACACAAAUAUCAAAUCACCAUUGUCAUAUGAGUGUACAAGAGCAACAACAACAAGAACAAGUGAAAUUCAGAGAAAAACAGAAAUUUUGUUGCAUGCCAUCAAGCGAACAACCGUUACACCUUGCAUGCCAAAUAAAAACAACAACAGAAAAUAAUGUAUGCGCACCAUUCAUAGAAAGAUAGAGUGUAGGUCCAUCAUCUACCCCCUUAAGGCACACACACUAAACUAAAAAAAUUUAAAUGAGAAAUGAUACACACACACAGCGCAUUCCAGUGGGUGUUGAUAUUGCAAUGCACACAGUAAUGUGUGGUAAUGCAAAAAGCAAUGGGUGGUAUGCAAAAAGUAAUUUGUGGUAAUGCAUAAAGUAAUUUGGUGUAAUGCAUACAUUAAUGUACGGUAAUGCAAAAAGUAAUGGUUGGAAAUCCAAAAAUCCAAAAAGUAAUGUGUGGUAAUGCAAAAUAGUAAUUUGUGGUAAUGCAAUAAGUAAUAUGUAGUAAUGCAAAAACUCAAAAACUUAUGUAUAGUAAUGCAUAACACACAUCCUGCUGAAUUGUUAUUUAAAGUAAAUGGGAAAUGCGUUGUCUUUAAUUACCUUCAAAAACUGAAGUAAUCGCCGUCGCGUAUACAUUACCACAUUACUUGCUUGCAUUACUUACUUUGGCUUACGUCAUGCCAGAAACUGCUAGAUUGCGCUGUUGUUGUUAACAAACACAACUUUACAACGUCCACGUGUCCAAGAAAGACAUACAUACAUAUAUACUGAAGUAUUUGUACAUUUACAAUUACUUCGUUUACAAUGAUUACAUGAAUAAGUAAUUACUGCAUAAAUACAUAUUCGUACAUAGUACAUAAAUACAAACAUAGAUACAUUAUAUGAACCUAUUACAGUUAUGCCACACGCUCGUUUCCGGCUUUCCCCACCCCUCUAAAAAUCAUAGACACGAAAAACACCUGUUAUCUUUUCUCUAGAAAUUUUGCUCUUAACUAAAAAUUUAGACUAUUUUUUUAAUUACAUACUAUGUACUUAGACAUUAGUUAAAAUUUUUAAUUUUUUCCGCGAUUUAUUUUUAAUUUAAUUUAAGAAAAUCUGUGUAGUAUUAAUUAUUAAGCGUUGUACUUCAUUAAGAAUCUGCCUUGAUUUACUUUAAUUUUUUGGUAUUUUAGCUAUAAAACUAUUUAUUUAUUAUUAUUUAUUUAGUAAAAUGUAUUGUGUAAUGAAAAGAAAAAAGACGUAGUAAUAAAUUGUUAAUUAAUUCUCUUAGUAGUUAGUAGUAAAAACAAAAACAAUAUUUUUAAAUAUUUAAAUAAAAGCGUGAGUGAUUCGUGCAAGCACUAGAACUUUGUGAAACCUGCAAGUUAAGUAAAAAUAUAUCAUUUAAAAAAGAAAUGUAUGGAAUUGCAUGCUUUUUGGCUUUAAAGACGUAGACUAAGCGGCAGAAUAUACGCAUACAUAGUAGCGAAGUGUGGCAACACUGCAACUUUGAGCUUUGUGUGCAAGUGGUGUAAAGCUGCAAGCUUUCGAUUAGUGAAGCUCUUCGGAGGUAUUUUUUUUCACUUUUGUUUAAUGAUAUUUUAUUGAAAUAUUUUUCCACAUUAAAUUUAAAAAAAGAUUAUUAUAAAUCAUAUAAUUUUGUAUGCAUGUAUUACACCUGAACUGAGUUAUUUAUCUGGAUGAAAGCUUUGUGCGUGUAAUGAGGGUAGAUGAAAAUGUGUUUUGAGGCAUAAAAUUAUUUCAAGAUUGCAAAAGAGGCAAAAAUUGCCUUUCCUUAUUAAAAGUUGUCGGUCGUUUUAAGUGAAGGCACAACCAUAGAGAUUUGACAGUUUUACCUUCAUUACAUGCACUGUGUUUUUUAUUUAGCCACUUAAAACAUAAAAAAAACUACAAUACAAACAAAAACAUUUAUAAUUAUUUUAAAGUAAGCAAAAAACUAUAAAAAGUACCAAUAAAGUAGUAAAAGAACAGGAUAAAAAUACAUUAAAUUGUUUCAAUUAAAUAAACUUAAAAAAAUAAUUUUAAAACCACUACGCUUAAUCAAAUACUUAAUAUAUAUCACUUUUACAAACGUUAUCUACACAUAAUUACUUUUAAGAAUUAAUGUCACAUGAAAAAGUCAACACAAAAACUUGCAAAGCUUCUCUACUUAAAGUACUGCUUGAUAGGGAAAUAAUGAAGUUACUCAUACACCAUAGUCGCCAUUCAAGUGUGAGCACUGUCUAUAUUUUUUGUUAUUUGGGGUAACUUUUUUGAAUUUCUUGAAAAAAAAUUCCAACCAACUAUACAAUUCACAGAAAACAUAAUGAAAUAACAUGAUCUUGAUUAUAGAGCAUAGAAUUGUGCUGUAAAAGAUUUAAAUUAUUUACUUUCAAUGCAACUAUUCCCGCAAUACAGUGUUCGAAUAUCAAGAAUCUAAAUUUUUUACAAAUGUAUCAAAGACUACAAGUUAACACAAUUACUCAAAAUUAGUAAAAAAAAUGUGUACACACAUAUAUUUAUUUAUUUUAUUAUAAUUUAAGCCUUAGCAAAUAAGACAAUUGGCGAAUUUAUAAAUUAUUAUUUUAUUUAGAAAAAAUAAAUAUACCUAAAAUAUAUAUUUUUACACAAACAUAAAAAAAUCGAUUUUCUUUGAUUUUUUUACUGCAAAAAUAGCUUUAGCAAAUUGGUUUCACAUUGAUUUUGAAAAAGUGAUGGCUUCAGACAAAAAUCAGAAUUGCUGAAACUAGCUGUUAAAUUUAUUUUUAUCGAUUCUAAUCAUAAUUUGUAGUGUUCUUUCUCGAUUUCGUUAAUUUUUAUUACGAUCGGCUUGUGCUUUUAUAGCAAAAUGCACGUAAACGAAUUGUAGUAUGAUUUUCAGUGCAACAGUUUUGUAUGGGAAACGAACUAUUCGAAAAAGGUGAGUUUCGUAUUUAAAAAACUAUUACUUUUAUUUAUCCAGUUGUUGUAGCACUAGCUUGUAACUCGCUUUCACAAACACUUUACAAAAAUUUAAUAAAGCACCUUUCAAUUAUUUUUUGUAAAUAUUAAUAUAAUUAUAAGAAAUAUUUAUUAAUUAUAAGAAAUAUAACUUUUAAUUUGGUGAUUUGAUUUUCAAUUGUAUUAAUUUUGUUUUUAACAUAAAUGAUUUAUUUCACUUUAUUAAUGUGUUAAUUUAGAUUUCAACAAUUUAAUGUAUCAUAUGAGUCAUUAUGUCGUUUAAAAAUCCAUUUCGAACAAAUUUGAGACGGAUAAUCAUAAAUUGACUUUAUGCAGAAUCUAACACAGCUGUCAGUUACUAAAAUGGGGCUAUUUAAAUCAGUUUUCGAACUGCGUAUGUGAGCAAUUCUUACCUUAAAUCUAAAAGUUUCUUCAAUCGUACAUAAACAAUUGCAUUCACGCAUCAUUUAUUUGACAAAAUCAGCUCAAGGAGCUGGCCUUGUUCGUUCAAGGCUUGUUACUGCUUCAACAGUAGAUUUCCGAAGCUAAAACUUUCCCCAAGUGUUGUGUUUAUGUCCAUUGGAAUGACCAGGAUCUAGCCAUGGCAAAGUCACCGCGUUUUUCACUGGUUUACUAGUCAAUGGUGUCAUUAAACUCAGAAAAUAUUUUCAAUUCAACGUUUUACAAUUUACAGACACUAACGGUAAAUAUUUAUUAACAAUUCACUGAUUUAAAUUAUUCACAGAAUUUUACAAUCAAAUGUGUUCAACUUGUAUUCCGUCAUACUACAAUUUACACAGGGUGUACACGCUAAUUAGAAAUAAUUUAUCGAUAACUAAAUAAAAUGAAUGAUUUACCGAUUUUUAGUUAAUAAAAAUGUUGUUUUGUUUAUAAAUAUAUCAUAUAUAUAUUUUAAUAAUAAGAAUAUAUACAAAAUUAUAUUAAAUAUUUAAAUACUUUUUUAUGUAUUUAUUUUUAUUCCUCAUAGUCAUUGAGUUUUCCACACUACUAUCUAAAUAUUGCAUUUUUUUUAUAUUUUUGCCUUUUAUUGAAUUUUCUUUUGCCCGAAAUGCACCGCUUCUAAGCAAUAUUUAAGCACCUCACUGCACCUAGAAAUGAUCCUUAUAAGAAACUCAAUAUUUAAUACAUAUCCCCUUAAUUCUGCCAAACUCGUUACUACACAAAUUCUAAAAUACAAAAACUAAUUAGUUAUAGCGUUCAAUGAAGAAUUCAGCAUGAAAUUAAAAGUUUCUCAAAAAGUAAUACCUUACAAACUAUCAGCCACAAAUACUUUCGUAAGCAGUCAUAACAUACCAAAAAAAUUGCCUUUCAAACAAAGCGUCUCUCAAGCGCCACCUGACAAAAACAUUCCAAACAAAACUCCGACUCAACUCGUACCACAUUGUAGUGACGUAGUCAAACAACCGUUCAUCCAAAUUUCCUACCAUCCAUCCGACACUCCUGCUCUACGUGCUAUGAGAAGUAAAUUUUUACUAUAGGCCUAGGAACACGCGUGCGCGCCUCGUUUUGCUAUUUUACAAAAAUAACAACAAUAUAAUAAUUGCAAUAAUUUGCUGCUUGAAUUGCGUAGAACUUAAGCAAGCUACAAAAUAAAAAAUACUUUGAAAUUACAUACAUACAUAUAUACUAAAUUUUAAAUCGGGAAGCUAUCGGUGACAGCAAGCUUGUUGGCCAAGUUGUUGUAAUGGUAAACGUAAAUGCGUAACUUAAUUUUAAGUGAUAUGAACGAACCAUAGAUUCCUCACAAUGCAAAAAGCACUGAAUAUUUGACUUCUAAUUUUUUUCCAAAACAACAAAAAACACAUUUCGAUGUUGUUGUUAAUGAUCAAGCAAAUUUACAUUACAAAAGCAAAAAUAAUUUAAAAAUAUUAAUAUUGAAUUUAAUAAAAUAAAUAAAAUUGGUUAACAUAAUUAUUUCAAAUUUAUGUAAUGCAAAUGAUGAUGUUUUUUCGUUCAUCAAAGAUGUGAGAAGAUGUGGUUUUGAUUUCGAAACUAACUUGUUAUUGUUUUUUAAAUAUUUUAUAUAACUAUUUAUAUGUUUCUGUGCUAUUUUUUCAUAUAUGUAUCACAUAAAUUACGCUUAUAGUUUGUGGUGACUUAAGUUGUACAUUUCUUACUUUCAAUUAUCACACGCUAAUACAACAACAUUUACACUUUUCUCAUAAUGUUGUUAUUUAUUGUGUUACACGCCUUUCAAAAUGUCAAUAUAUGUAUUAAUAUUUAUUAAAUAUACAAGUUUUAUUUAUUAUUUGUUGUGUGUGUAGUUCGUUCAGUUUUUGGUCACACGCCAUUCAUACACUGAACUUAUGAAACACCAACUUGCGCUCACGCUCACUCUCUUUUUGGAUAUAAACUCAUUUUUAAUUUCCCACAAGAAGCCUUUUUGGUUUAAAACUAUUUACCGGCUCAAUAUUUUUGAGCUUCUUAAU